CCACUCCCCAGUUCACCACGGGCACCUGCACCGAUGCUGCCCUGCACAGCUGCGAGCUGUGUGGCAAAGGAUUCCGCCUGCAGAGGAUGCUCAACCGGCACAUCAAGUGCCACAGCCAGGUGAAGAGACACUUGUGCACCUUCUGUGGAAAAGGCUUCAACGACACCUUUGAUCUGAAGAGGCAUGUCCGGACCCAUACUGGCAUUCGUCCCUACAAGUGCGAGGUUUGCAACAAGGCCUUCACGCAGCGCUGCUCGCUGGAGUCGCACCUGCGGAAGAUCCACGGCGUGCAGCAGCACUACGCCUACAAGCAGAGGAGGGACAAGCUGUACGUGUGCGAGGACUGCGGCUACACGGGCCCCACGCAGGAGGAGCUGUACCUGCACGUCAGCGGCGUCCACCCCGGCAGCGCCUUCCUGAAGAAAACCUCCAAAAAACUCGCAGCUGUUCUGCAAACCAAGCUCAGCCCCGUGCUGCAGAGGAACUCCAAAGAGGAGGGCAAGGACGAGUGACGCUCGCCGCUGCUCGGUGGGAAUGAAGUUUACAUGCAGGACUAUGGAUCUUAUUUUUCUAAGAACUAUUUUGAAAGGAAUGCCUGAAAUUAAAGGGAUGUUUUUGUUAACGGGACUCUUGAUGUUGGUAAAACCUCAGUUUGACAGAAAUAUUCCCAUUCAGACUUUAUUAUUUUUUUUUAUGUGGCCAAUAAAAAUGGAAUGCUUGCAAAGGCUGUCACCUCUCGGAUGGAGUAUUUAAUGAGCUGACAUUUGGGCAGCCUGUUUUCUGUCAGGUCUGAACACCCCUGACAAAUGAGAGUUCACCUUUCCCCAGGUGUAUUUGUGUUUUGUAAAGUGAGUAACUGCUACCUCCCAUGCAAAUUACUUAUGAGAGGUUUGGGUGAAAAGUGUUGGCUAAGAGUGCUGCAGGUACACAGUUCUAUGCAAUUGAAUUAAUUUACAUGCCUUAAGAACAGGAGUGCAUUGUAUCAUCCAGUGAGUUACAAAGUGCAAGUAUCUCAGCUCUGCCCCCUGUGCAGCCUGCUAACAAUUUAUGGAAGUGUGAUCCAAGGUGAGUUGAAACUCUUCCCAAAGGAUGCAGAAUGUUUUCUUCUCAAAAUUUCUCCACUAUUAUUCUAGGGCUGACUUUUGGUUGUGUUUUAAGUACUUGAAGCCAUGAACUUACUUUUAUCAUGUUGAUAUACAAGUGAAAUCUUAGCUCUGGUGUUCCUGGACUUGCUGAGCUCACCUGGAGAAGUAUUACAUCUUUUUAAUUUACACCAACAGCAACCCAGAAACCCAAAGAAAGCACUGUAAUGACUUGAAAUUAAGUAUUUUCUGUCAUGAUGAAAUGCAAUUUUGUGCAUAUUUUAUGGUGUGUUUUUUUGGUUUUUUUUUUUUUUUUCCUUUUAUAUUCAAGUACCUGUUCAUUAAUACAACAAUGGAAAGGGGGACUGAGCCUGUGUCUGCUUCAGGAGAUCAGUGCAAAGCUGCAGGCACCAAUCUGGCUGCUCCUCUGUGACCACUCUAAGUGUAGAAGCCUCCUCCCACCUAAAAUACCAAGUCAGGACUUUCACAGUCAUUGCUGCUAAAAUGAGACAUUUUGAGCAACUUUGCAAGAAUUGUAAAAAAGUCUUUUCAACUUGCUUCAGGUUUGGUACUGGCACCUGCUUGGGUUUUUGUGGGGAAAAGAUUCUAGGGGGUCUUAAAGCAUUCCUGAGGAUGUUAAUGAUUUAUUCAGCACAACUGUUGGUGCUUGGGACCUUGAAAAUGAGGAUAAUAAAGUGAUGCUACUGUGUUAGGAACAAACUUAUCCUAUGUAGCAGGAAAGUUUGUAGAAUAUUUUAAUAAAUGGGAAGUUGCUGGGAAAAAACCCCAAAUAUCUGAGUUAAAUGAGAAGAUCCUGACUCUGCAGAAAGCUAAAGCUUGUACACUGACCCCCAGGUCUUGUAACUGAGCAGUGUAAAGGGAAGGUUGCUCACUCUGCAGUGGGAUUAAUGUUCACCUGACUGCAUGGGAUUUGUGUGCUCAGCUCUGCUGAAACCUCAGCCCUUCCCUGGCACAGCAGAGCUGGGGCUGAACCCUUCCUCUCCAGCCAGAGCCAUGUUCUGUGUUGGUUUUUUAUCUCUCCUGCACCAUGUGCUCCUUUGGCUCUCCUUUCAGUGUCACUGCCACAUCCCUGCUGACAGAGCCACAGGCACAGUGAGCUGGGCACAGAAAGGAUUCACAACAAAAGAGAAAGGGAGCAGUGGCAGGCUGCUACAGGGUAAAAGCCAUCCUGGAUGGAGAGCAAAGCUCUGGAUGUCAGAGCUGGAAUAACUGCCCUGGCUGCCCAGCAAGUUUUUCUGCAGAGGACAGACGGUGCCUGCAGCAGUGCCCUGGGAGCUUCCUUGAAUCUGGUCACAAAGCAUCUCUG